AUGGCGUCCCUCCCCACUCGCGACUUCCACUUCCUCCCCAUCCCCAACACCCCUACCAAUCCACCCCCCCUCACCCUCUCCAACUCAUCCACCUGGACCUACUGCGGGCCGCUGCUCACCCUCACCACCAACAACCCCCCCACCACAACCAUCAUCCCAACGACAGCCGCAACCGCAACCACCUCCGAUCUCCCUACAACCUUCCACACCUGGUCCGCGCAAACCCUCAACCGCUCCCUCCUCCCACAACUCACCCCCUUCCUCCGCGCAGCGCAAGCCUUCCUCGCCCAGCACGGCGUGCAGCACUACUGGCUGACGGUGCGCGCAUCACAACAACAACACCAACCACCACCAGCAACCACCACCGUCACCGCCCCCUCCUUGGCCGCGCAACCACCACCAUCACUAUCACCAUCACCCUCGCAACAGCCAUCGCAGCAGCCAUCGCAGCAGCAGCAACCCUCGCAACGCUGGCACACCGCCGGCGAUUUCUUCGCUAACCCCGAUCUCGACCCCGACGACUCCGCCCUCCACCGUGGCGCCGUGCACCGAUGGAAACUGUAUGCGACGCUGCAGGGCCCGGGGCUGCGGUUUGCAGUGGAUGGGGUGCGCGCGCGGGAGGCGCUGCGGCGUGGGACGAAUAGUGUUGAGGGGGUUGAGGGUAGGGUCGGGGGUGGUGGCGGUGAAGGUGGGAGUGUGGUGCCGGGGACGGAGGCGGGGUUUAGGCGGGUGUUGGGGAGGUAUGGGAUGGAGGAGUUUCCGAGGAGUUGGAGUGUUGGGUUGCCUGGGUGGGGGUGGUUGGAUGCCGCUGCUGCUGGGGGAGAGGAGGAGCAAGCUGAGAGUGUGGAGGAUGAGGGGGUGUCGAUGGAACGCUACUAG